CUCUCUUGUCCCCCUUUCCUUUUCUUUGUCUCUCGCAUCGCAUCUCCUUCUUUCCUCUUUCUAAAAAAAAGAAACUGCCUUUUGAACAAAACCCAGAUACGAAGUAGGGUGUUUUUUAGUGAUUUGAAGUUUUAAAGCUUGAAUCUAUCGUAUAUAAGCUUUAGGAGGAAGUUCUUUUGGGAAUAGAAGUAAUGGGCAACAAUGUGUGGGUUCUGGGGGUUGCUCUUUUGCUGCUUCUCUCUGCUGGUGUAUCUUCAGCUCCUUCCAGUUCUUCACCUGCAAAGAUUGUAAGUGGGUUUGUCUCAAAUGCUAUGUCUUAUUUAAUGAAAUGGCUGUGGUCACUCAAAACUACGACCAAGACAGCGGUUUCUGGACGUCCAAUGGUGAAGUUUGAGAGUGGGUAUACUGUGGAGACUGUGCUUGACGGAAGCAAGCUAGGGAUUGAACCUUUCUCAGUUGAGGUCUUGCCAAGUGGGGAGCUUCUGAUCUUGGACUCUACUAAUAGCAACAUUUAUAGGAUCUCUUCUUCUUUGUCUCUUUACAGCCGACCAAAGCUUGUUGCUGGAUCCGCUGAUGGUUACUCUGGACAUGUUGAUGGGAAGCUCAGAGAGGCAAGGAUGAACCACCCUAAGGGACUCACUGUGGAUGACAAAGGAAAUAUCUACAUUGCAGACACUAUGAAUAUGGCUAUCAGGAAGAUAAGCGAUGGAGGUGUUACUACAAUAGCUGGAGGGAAAUCAGGCCGUGGAGGUAGCCAUGUAGAUGGACCAAGCGAAGAUGCCAAAUUCUCUAAUGAUUUUGAUGUGGUUUACAUUGGAAGCAGUUGCUCUCUACUUGUCAUAGACAGAGGGAACCGGGCUAUUAGGGAAAUCCAACUCAAUUUUGAUGACUGUGCUUAUCAAUAUGGAAGUGGUUUUCCUCUCGGGAUUGCAGUACUUGUUGCUGCCGGCUUCUUUGGUUACAUGUUGGCUUUGCUGCAACAUAGAGUGGGUACAAUUGUGUGUUCGCACAAUGAUUAUGAGACAAUAAACUCAAGCACCACAGUAAAUCCAUAUCAGAAGCCUCUGAAAUCAGUCAGGCCGCCUUUAAUUCCAAUUGAGGGUGAACAAGAGAAGCAAGAAGAAGGCCUCUUUGGAUCACUUGCAAAGCUUUUUGUCAACACAGAAUCAUCUGCUAUGGAAAUUCUGAGGGGACUAUUUCCUGGUUUUAGGAAGAAGCCGCUAAGCCAUCAAUAUCAGAGCCUAUACCAACACCCUCAACAGCACUCAACUGCUUUGCCAGUACAAGACAGCUUUAUGAUUCCAGAUGAAGACGAACCACCUUCCAUUGAUACAAGAACUCCCACACCACGAAAAACUUAUGCUUUCAUGUCCAAGGAUGCAGAUAAGAUCCAUCAAUUGCAGCAAAAUCGAGCCAUCUGUAAUGGAUGGGAUGGUGAUUUUCUGCAGCAGCAGAGACAGCAUCAUUACCAUAAUCGGUAUCAAUCUUCUGCCCCACAUACUUUCUAUGAGCUGAGCAAUGAGAAAACCAAUGAGAUUGAAUUUGGGGCUGUUCAGGAGCAAGAUGGGAAAUGUGAAUCUGUGGUCAUAAAGCCAGUUAAUCAUGGAGAACCUGUUUAUGAUUAUCAUAAUCUCCGUGCUAGAGCCAGUUUCAUGGGUUACAGCCAUGGCAAUUGAUUAUAUACAGGAGACAGUUUUUGGAAUCAUGACUUCAUUGUUCUUGAAAUAAGUCUUUUAUUAGUUAGUGUACAGUUGGUUCGAGGUUUGUUAUUGAGAAGGGAGAAAAUGUGAGGUAGCUUUCUGCAAUGUAAGCUCUACAGAAAGCUGGCCAAAAUAUUCAAAGCUAUGUAAUGUAAUGCUGCUAUUAAUGGUGAUCUAAUGCUCUUUUAUCCGAA